AUAAAGGAUAUUAUAUAGUUUAGACAUUAAAAUCAAUGAGACAGUACAUCUGAUCAGUAUAUAUAUCUUUGUAAUUUUAUAUAUAUAUAUAUAUAUAUAUUGAUUUGUAUUUUGUUUACUUUGUCAUCCUCAACCGCCUUCAAGUCAAUUACGCCAACCUGGUUCCCAUCUUCUCCUUCACCUAUAAAACAUGCAAAAACCUAUUAGUUAUGGCCAUAUUAAGUUCCAACUUAGAGAAAGAAAGCAAAACACUUGGCUCAUCAAUGGCGACCAAGUUUGCAUUUCUCGUACUAUUCAUUUCCAUUUCUUCAUUUCUCCUACCCUCCCUUUCGGCUCCGGUUUCCGGUGACCUAAACUGGUGGUGCAAUAAAACCCCAUACCCUGAAUCAUGCAAGUACUUCAUGACACAUGGUCCUCACCAUUUUGCAGCACCAAAACAAAAAUCCGAUUUUCGGAAGAUGGCGGUCCAAAUCGCCAUGGAACGAGCCCUAAAUGCGGAGAGUCACACCAAAUGGCUCGGUCCUAAAUGCCGUAACGAGAAAGAAAAGACUGCAUGGGCUGAUUGUUUGAAGUUGUAUGAGAGCACAGUUCUUCAGCUCAACCACACCCUAGACCCAAGCACAAAGUGUACUGACUUUGAUGCUCAGACAUGGCUCAGCACGGCCUUGACCAACCUGGAGACUUGCCGAGCCGGGUUCGUGGAGCUAGGGGUUUCGGAUUUCAUGCUGCCUCUCAUGUCCAACAAUGUUUCCAAGCUAAUUAGCAACAGUUUGUCCGUUAACAAUGGCUCUACUGAGAAACAGACUUAUAAGGAGGGUUUUCCGACAUGGGUUUCCCUCGGUGACCGGAAGCUGUUGCAGUCGUCCUCUCCGGCAGCGAACCUAGUGGUGGCUCAAGAUGGGUCCGGGAAUCACCGGACCAUCAAAGCCGCCCUGGACGCAGCGGCAAAGAGAAGUGGCAGUGGGAGGUUUGUUAUACAUGUGAAGAGUGGAGUUUAUAAGGAGAAUCUUGAGAUUGGUAACAAGAUGAAGAAUAUCAUGCUGGUGGGUGAUGGCUUGAGAAACACCAUCAUCACCGGCAGCCGGAGCGUGGGAGGCGGCUCCACCACCUUCAACUCUGCAACUGUUGCUGUAACCGGGGAGGGUUUCAUUGCCCGUGGCAUAACAUUUCAGAACACAGCCGGUCCACGGAACCACCAAGCCGUGGCACUCCGGUCCGGAGCUGAUCUCUCCGUCUUCUACCGUUGCAGCUUCGAUGGAUACCAAGACACCCUCUACGUCCAUUCGCAGCGACAAUUCUACAAAGAAUGCUACAUCUAUGGAACCGUAGACUUCAUCUUUGGCAAUGCUGCAGUGGUACUCCAAAACUGCAUGAUAUACGGUAGAAAACCCAUGGAUAAACAAAAAAUUGUGGUCACGGCACAAGGCCGGACCGACCCUAACCAAAACACAGGGAUUUCCAUCCAUAACUCCCGAGUCAUGGCUUCUUCGGACCUAAAACCGGUGCUGAGUUCGUUCAAAACCUUCUUGGGACGACCAUGGAAGCAAUACUCGCGAACCGUGUAUCUUCAGACAUACUUGGACACCCUAGUUGAUCCAGCGGGCUGGUUGGAAUGGGAUGGUAACUUUGCUCUUGAUACUUUGUAUUAUGGGGAGUAUAAGAAUUCCGGGCCUGGUUCUUCGACUGGCGGGAGAGUGAAGUGGGGUGGUUAUCGGGUUAUAACAAAGGCGAGUGAAGCAUCCCAAUUCAAUGUGGCCAACUUUAUAGCUGGACAGUCAUGGUUGCCGGCCACCACCGUGCCCUUCACUUCUGGCCUCUGAUCAUUUCUAAUUAUUUGUGUUUUAAUUACUUUGCUCCGUCAAUUUCUUUGUUGGUUGUUAUAUUUUUUUCUUUAUAUUUCAUUUAAUUGUUGGCAAUUGUGUAAUUUUUGGAAUUCAAUAAUUCUAACAUCUAUGUGAAAAUUUUC